GCUUUCGCGCUCACUUCCGGCCGCGGCUGGCGGUUGCGGGAGCCCGCGGGCGCUGGGCAGCUGUCGGCGCGGGUCCGAGCGGGCGGCGCGGCUAUGGACUUCUCGGAGAUGUUCAAGGUCUCGGGGCAGCUCUGCAAGUUCUCUCCGGACGGCAAGUACCUGGCAUCCUGCGUUCAGUACCGGCUGGUGGUCCGGGAUGUGCACACACUGCAGGUGCUGCGGCUGUUCCCGUGCCUGGACCGGGUGCAGCACCUAGAGUGGUCGGCCGACUCUCUCUUCCUGCUCUGCGCCAUGUACAAGCGGGGGCUGGUGCAGGUGUGGUCCCUGGAGCAGCCCGAGUGGCACUGCAGGAUUGACGAGGGCUCAGCGGGGCUGGUGGCCUCCUGCUGGGGCCCCGACGGGCGCCACAUCCUCAACACCACCGAGUUCCACCUCCGCAUCACAGUCUGGUCCCUGUGCACCAAGUCCGUGUCCUACAUCAAGUACCCGAAGGCCUGCCAGCAGGGCAUCGCCUUCACACUGGACGGCCGCCACAUGGCCGUGGCUGAGCGGCGUGACUGCAAGGACUACGUGAGUGUGUUCGUCUGUGGCGACUGGCAGCUGCUGCGGCACUUUGAAACGGACACACAGGACCUGGCGGGCGUGGCCUGGGCCCCCAACGGUUGCGUGCUGGCCGUGUGGGACAGCUGCCUGGAGUACAAGAUCCUGCUCUACUCCCUGGAUGGCCGGCUGCUGGCCACCUACUGCGCCUAUGAGUGGUCCCUGGGCAUCAAGUCUGUGGCCUGGAGCCCCAGCAGUCAGUUCCUGGCGAUCGGGAGCUACGACGGAAAGGUGCGCGUCCUAAACCAUGUGACCUGGAAGGUGCUCACAGAGUUUGAGCACCCCGCCACCAUCAGCAGUUCCAAAGUCGUCGUGUACAAGGAAGCCGAGAAGAGCCCCCGUGUGCCGCUGGGCCAGCGCCCCCUCCCUCCACGCGGAGCCUCUGUGGAGAGCAAAUAUGAGAUCGCCUCGGUGCCCGUCUCCCUCCAGACUCUGAAGCCCGUGGCUGACAGAGCAAACCCCAAGAUCGGCGUGGGCCUGCUGGCCUUCAGUCCCGACAACUACUUCCUGGCAACGAGGAAUGACAACAUGCCGCAUGCCGUAUGGAUCUGGGAUGUGCAGAAGCUGAGGCUGUUCGCGGUGCUGGAGCAGCUGGCCCCCGUGCGCUCCUUCCUGUGGGACCCCCGGCAGCCGCGGCUGGCUGUGUGCACAGGUGGGGCCAGAGUAUACCUGUGGUCACCUGCCGGCUGUGUGUCGGUACAGGUGCCUGGUGAAGGAGACUUCCAGGUACUCUCCAUGUGCUGGCACCGCUCGGGGGACUCCCUGGCCCUCCUCGGCAAGGACCAUUUCUGCCUGUGCUUCCUGGAGCAGGAGGGCAUCGGCAUGGCCGCAGGGAAGCACAUGUAGGUGUG